AUGGAAUCAAUGGAGAACGUUUUCAGACCAAGAAAGGAAGAUCAACAGCUUGACUUGCCACCUGGUUUUCGAUUUCAUCCAACAGAUGAAGAACUCAUAAAGUGCUACCUCAUCAAGAAGGUUGCUGACAACAGCUUCUGUGCUGUACCAAUUGCUGAAGUUGAUAUGAACAAGUGUGAACCACAGGAUUUACCUGGGUUGGCUAAAAUGGGUGAAACAGAAUGGUACUUUUUCUGUGUGAGAGACAGAAAAUACCCAACUGGUCUAAGAACAAAUAGGGCCACUGAAGGUGGUUACUGGAAGGCCACAGGCAAAGACAAGGAAAUAGUCAUUGAAGAAGAACUGAUUGGGAUGAGGAAAACCUUGGUUUUCUAUAAGGGAAGAGCUCCAAGAGGUGAAAAGUCAAACUGGGUCAUGCAUGAAUACAGAUUGGAUGGGAUAUAUUCUCAAUUUUAUCUAACCAAAUCUGGAAAGGGUGAAUGGGCUAUAUGCAGAGUCUUUGAGAAGACUCCUAGUGGAAAGAAAAUGCAUGUUCCUCCAAAUUUUGAGAGGUUCCAAUUGCCUUCAUUGAUGGAUUCUUCACCAUACGACACUACUACUGGUGAAUUGUCUCAGGUGACCUGCUUCUCCAAUCCAAAUCAAACUGUGGAUCAGAACACACAAGAUGAAAUUGUUAGCAUGGAAACUCCUAUCUUGAACUUUUCAUCUUCUUCAAGACCCUUUGAUGUUUCCCCUUUUGCCAACCAACUCACACAGAUUGCACAACCAAUUGGAAAUUCACAGUACCCGGGUUAUUUUCUGCCUCAGGAACAGUCCAUGCUGAGAAUGCUGAUGGAAAACAAUGCAUCAGUUGCUAAUCAAAACCAGUUUUCUCAGGGAAGAGGCUUUGAUGCUGAUGAUGUCUCCUCUUUGAUAUACAACAAUGAGAUGUUUCACAGGUUCUAUGGGAAUCAAGAACAUUCAUCCUCUUCUGCAGGGCCUGAGAACAAUGAUUCCCCAUGGAAUUACUGA